UAUGUCAUUGGGACAUGACUUGAUGAGCAUUUCCACGAGGCAGUUUCCACGUUUUGCUCAGCCAGUAUACCCACCAGAUCUGCAAUACAAGGUCCUUUGAUACUCCGUACUUCAAUGGGACAUAUCACAAUGCUGUAAGCCAUGCAUAGGACGGGCUGAUGAGGCUGCCGGGUAAAUGUUCCCGAACAGCCCAAGUGACGCCUCAGAUUUACCAGCCACAAUUACGCUUUCUGCCUUGCAACACCCUCCAGCUCUAUUUGUGCAAACGACAUCGUGCCCUGAGAUCCUGUCAUCGCAACCACAGACCGCCCACAAAGGACUGCUGAGCUUUCCAUUCUUUAACGCUAUACAACCUCAUAUUCAUUAACAUGUCGGCCACCGACCGUCUCUUCCGCUUCGGCAUUACCAAGCCCAACUGGCUCAACAGCGCCAAUACCAGAACCGCAGGCGUCUAUCUCGCCGGUGCCCUUUUUUCUCUCGGCUUCUUCUUCUUCAUCGAUGCAAGCGUUUACUCGAAAUCCCCCCUCAACGGCUCGACCGUGCACAUCAACUUUGUCGACUGGAUCCCGUUCAUCUGCUCCGCGCUUGGGAUGCUAGUGAUCAACAGUAUUGAAAAAUCGCGCCUGUCGGCCGACAGCUUCUCGUACAGUGGGAAUGGUGUCGCCUGGAAGGCACGCACUGUGCUGUUUCUCGGCUUUGCGCUCAUGGCGGGAGGUCUGGCGGGCAGCGUCACCGUCAUGGUGCUGAAGUACCUGUUCAAUGACUAUGCCUUGACUACUGUCUACAUGGGUGUCGCGAACGUCGUGGCCAACGGGCUUGUCAUGCUGAGCAGCGUCGUUCUGUGGGUCAGUCAGAACAUGGAGGACGAUUAUACAUAUAACCUCCAGUUGUAAGGUGUGUGACGAGCAUUGGGGAUGCAGCUAGACCUGACACUACACUUGGGAACAUUGGGCAAAGGUUGAUUGGGACAGAAGGGGCCAUUCAUGACCACUGCCACGGCAUAAGGAUUGAGCGUAUUUAGUUUGCAUCAUGGAGAGUAUUGAUAUCACAUCCUGGUUCAUGUGCUGCGUCGGCCACUUCGUUCUGGCAGAGCUACGUACUUUGCCUCUUGCUAGCGCUGUGACGUCUCCUUGGAGUCGCGCUCUUUCAU